AUGGUAGAACCUUAUAACUCUAUAUUAAUGACGCAUACCACACUUGAACAUUCUGAUUGUUCUUUUAUGGCUGAUAACGAAGCUAUAUACGAUAUUUGUCGACGGAACCUCGAUCUAGCAAGACCAACUUACACUAACCUCAAUCGUCUUGUUGCCCAAAUCGUUUCUUCUAUCACGGCUUCCUUACGACCAACCUACACUAACCUCAAUCGUCUUGUUGCCCAAAUCGUUUCUUCUAUCACGGCUUCCUUACGGUUCGAUGGAGCAUUGAACGUCGAUUUGACAGAGUUCCAAACUAAUUUGGUACCAUACCCACGGAUACAUUUCCCACUUGUCACCUAUGCUCCGCUUGUCUCUGCUGAACGAGCUUACCACGAACAGAAUACUGUAGCCGAUAUGACGAAUACGUGCUUCGAGCCAGGGAGUCAAAUGGUCAAGUGCGAUCCACGGAGAGGAAAGUAUAUGGCUGUCUGUUUACUCUACAGAGGCGACGUCGUACCUAAAGAUAUAAACUCGGCAAUUUCAGCUGUGAAGACAAGAAGAACUGUACAGUUUGUAGAAUGGAGUCCAACUGGUUUCAAAGUAGGCAUCAACUAUCAACCACCCACAGUUGUGCCUGGGGGCGAUCUUGGAAAGCAAACACGCUCAGUGUGCAUGAUAAGCAACACUUCCGCAAUCGCUGAGGCUUGGGCUCGGCUAGACCAUAAAUUUGAUCUUAUGUAUGCUAAGAGAGCAUUUGUACAUUGGUAUGUUGGAGAAGGCAUGGAGGAAGGAGAGUUCUCGGAAGCUCGCGAGGAUAUGGCUGCUUUGGAAAAGGACUACGAAGAGAUUGGAUCUGAUGAAUACUUUGAUGAUGAUGAGACUUACACUGCCUCUCGUGGAAACAGUGCUUAUUCAAGAAAAUUCUAG